AUGGCCGCCACACUACCAUCAAUCCAGCGUCAGCCUGCCCCACGUCGGCCUCUUGAUAGUCAGAGGAACUCUGGCGGCGACAUGUCCAUAUGGUUCUUUGCACAAGCCGGCCUGCCCAAGAGGUUCUCCUCCGCAGAGUUACAGCACAUCCGAGGUCUCAACGUUAAGUCGAUCGCCAAGGUUCCCUUCCCCCUGCCGUCUUGGAUCACGGUACUAGAGUAUGAGUGCCUCCGUCUCGAUCCUCACCAGGACCUUUCGCCCUCGGUGUUCUUCAGUCUGAACAUGUCCACAUACGACCACGCUCUUGAUCCCUCGGACUGGGACGACGUCUGGUACGUCAUGUACGGCCGCGUGCAUCCCGGUGACUCCUGCCUACAGGAGUACACCAUUCCUGCCCUCAUCAUCCGUGACCGGGGUUACCAACCGAUCACCCCGAGGUUGCUGUCCACACCACGGGCUUUCCCUAUGACUCCACCCUUCAUCUCCUUCGCUGGCUCUGUACUCAGCUCCGAUCUCACUCUCCUUCGAGAGGAACUCACAUCAGGACUGGGCGAUGCUCAACAAAAGUGCUGCGGCUUCAUCCUCGUAAAUCCCUGGGUCUCCCUCUGCAAGAGGAUGGUUGAGAAGCGCGAUACUCACUUCCAGCUGAAUACCUUCUUCAUUUGCACUGGGAAGGUAGCAGGCUUCCUCGCCCACCAAGACUACAUCUUCAUCGUCGUGCCAGAUACGUGGACUUUCCACGAUAAGGAGCCUCGAAACUCCCUUCCAACUACGUCGACACCGAGGACACCAAGCAAGCACUUACCCGUGGAUCAAUUCAGCCGAGCGAACUUCUUAACCCCGUCAUUAGCACAUCUGCUUCCCUCGUCACCGACGACCCCGGCUGCUUGGUCUCCCACAGACCCAGCCCCGUCAGGUCAUGGUACGUCCCGCUCCUCUCCCUAA